AACCAGGUUGUCUAUUUUCGGAGACUAUCUCGCAUGUGCUGUGUUAAUCCUAUGCAUGAAGUGUAACCAUGAGGACGGUGGCCCUGCGGGCACAGCAGAGACUCCCAAAAGGCUUCGCAAUCGGGCUCCUCGAAGACGUCAUGAUUUCGUACGUAAUAGUUCCUGUCAUCCGCACUUUCCCUAAGCUGCUCUGCACCAGAGUGAUGUUGCAUUCACGAACAGUCUAGACGUGCUGUGGCAGGUGUAUCCGGCGUAAACCUGAUUGCGUCGGUGAAGAGCAUAUCGCCGCGCAUACAACUUGAUAAGCGAUAAACUAUGAGGGAGGCGUACAGUGAAAAAAUAGGAAUGUAGGCUCUGGAGGUGGUCAACGGCUACCCCAAGUUCAGGUUAAUGGGGGAACGGAAAGUAUUUUCUUCGGCGGCUCGGAGUUUUUUGGCGCCUAUGUCACGUGCACUAUUUCAACAUCUUAUUAGCCAGAAAUAGCGAAUAAUACAGACGGGCUC